AGUGCACUGGUAACUCCUGUGGCGGGCCGGGCGCAGUGCACACUGACCAGGUCACCAGGGUUACGGUGUUUCCUCCGACACAUUGGUGCGGCUGGCUUCCGGGUUGGAGGCGCGCUGUGUCAAGAAGCAGUGCGGCUUGGUUGGGUUGUGUUUCGGAGGACGCAUGGCUCUCGACCUUCGUCUCUCCCGAGUCGGUACGGGAGUUGCAGCGAUGAGACAAGACUGUAACUACUACCAAUUGGGGAGAAAAAGGGUCUCUCCGCCCCUCAGAUGGAGAACCAUACAUACAAUGAGCAUGUUCUCCUCCUAGAAGGGUUAAACGUCACCCACCAGUCCUCCUACCCUGCCUUCAUCAUCCUCCUUGUCAUCUACAUCUUCACAAUGGUGGCCAACAUCGGCCUCACAGUGCUCAUCUGCAUGGAGAGGAGCCUGCACCAGCCCAUGUACAUCCUCCUUUGCAACAUGUCUUUCAACGAUGCUCUCAGUAUCACCACCUUCAUACCUCGAGUGCUGAGUGAUAUUUUCAAAGCAAGUGCAGAAAGAUAUAUUACCUAUGUUGAGUGUGCCAUACAAGCCUUCUGCGGUCACAUGUUUGCUACGACCGGACAUACAAUACUAAUUAUCAUGGCUUUUGACAGGUAUAUGGCCAUCUGCAACCCUUUGCGAUACGCCACCAUCAUGAACAACACAAUGCUGGUAAAACUGUGUGUGUUUGCCUGGGGUGUGGCCUUUCUCUUUGUGGCGGUCCUUAUAGGUCUCUCUGUCCGCUUAUCACGCUGCCGGUCAAACAUUUUCAACCCUUUCUGCGACAACGCUUCAUUAUUCAAGCUCUCCUGUGAGAGUGUGCUUAUAAAUAACAUUUAUGGACUAUUUUUCACCACUAUCUUCUUCAUCACCUCCAUGGGGAGUGUGGCUCUGACAUACAUUAGAAUCGCCAUGGUGUGUGUGAGGAGUAAGAGCAAGUCGCUGAACAGCAAAGCUCUGCACACCUGUUUCACACACCUGGCUGUAUACCUCAUUAUGCUGAUGACAGGUUUCAUCAUUGUCUUUCUUCAUCGGUACCCACAGUGGUCAAACCACAGGAAAAUGGCGUCCAUUAUAUUUCCUCUGGUUGCUCCUUGUCUGAACCCAAUUAUCUAUGGGCUGCAGUCCAAAGAGAUUUACAAAGUGGGAAAGAAUAUGUUCCAGUCCAAGAUUGUGUCUCUUCGAUUGUAAUAUACUUUUUAAUGUGUAAAGGUGAAUAAAAUUGAAA